AUGGCCAGACCACAUCUGCCUGGAGAGAGGGUGUGGGAGCAGCUGAGAAAGGCUGGCAAGAGACUCUUUGGGCUUGGCCCUCAGACCCUGGGUUAUGGAGCCCUGCUCUUAUUCCCGUUUCUCAGGGACAGAGCUCUGCAGAGCCGGGCCCCCUCCCCUCACUCCUCCAGGCCCCAGAAGGGCCGCCUGCUGCCUGGCUAUUUUUAUCCCAGGAGCUUUCUCAAGGAGCAGGCACGUCCCUUGGCCAAGUCCAAAGCCAGUGCCCAAGGGCACAAACCGAGCAUUACUCACUACAGGCCCUUGGUGUUUCAGGCUAUGGGGGAUGAAGCUGUAACACUGCUGGAGCAACGAGCAGGGGACCCAUGGGCCCAGGAAGAAGGGGGAAGUGGAGGCAGUGUCAGAGUCGGGUCUGGGGCAGAUCCUGGUCAACAGAAGCGGAUGGCCCGAGGAGGCGUCUCUGGGCACCGAGAGGAGACGUUUUGCCAGGAAAGCACUGGGAAGGCACUCACAGGCAUGAUGGGAGAGAAAGUCCCACGGAAAGUCACAAGUCCUUCACGGAAAGAGGCCCCUUGGGGGAGAGGGGAGAGUCUCAUUAGGUCUGUCUACAGCCUUCGGAAAGAGCUGGUCAAUUUCUUGACUUACUACUGCAAGGCACCUACACCCCUUGAUCCAGAAAAUGUGGUGGUUCUAAAUGACUGCAGCUCAGUCUUGUCUUUGCUGGCCAUGGUUCUGUGUAACCCAGGUGAUGCCUUUCUUUUUCUGGUCCCUAUACUAUACUACAGUACCUUCACCUUUAGCUCCUACCUUUAUUGGAAAGUUGAGCUUAUUCCUGUCCACUUGGAAAGCCAGGUACCGAGGCCAACUCGUAUUUUUUUCAAACUCACGGUGGAUAAGCUGGAACUUACCCCAACUCAGGCUAAGAUGAAGUCAAAAGACGUCAAAGGCCUUGUGCUACUCAACCCCUAGAAUCCUCUGGGUGAUUCCUACAACCAAUUGAUGAUGAAAGAUUACCUGGCCCUUGCCAAGAAUCACAGCCUACAUGUGAUCGUAGAUGAGAUUUACAUGCUGUCCGUGUUUGAUAAUAGCCAUCAGAUUUUGCAGUGUUCUGAAUAUGAAACGGUAAAUCUGUCCCCAGUUGUGUUGGGAGCAAGAAUCAUGAGCUUGCCUGACCCUAGCAAGACCCAUAUGAUCUGGGGCACCAGUAAGGAUUUUGGCAUGGUUGGCUUCUGCUUUGGUGUUCUCUAUACACACAACAAGGAAGCUUUUGGCUACCUCCACAGUAUCUCUGGCAUUACACAGUACAAGCUGUACCAGCUGCUCCAGGACAAAGGAUGGAUAGACUGGAUCUACCUGCCUAUGAAACACAGUCGGCUCCAGAAGGCUUAUGUCUAUGUCACUAAGAGGCUGGAGAGGCUGAAGAUCCCCUUUAUCACGGGUGGCUGUGGUCUCUAUGUCUGA